UUAUAAAAGCUCGACUAGAGAACAGCACGUGAAUGUGAGUCCUGUGUUGCUGAAAUCGCAGAGGUGUACGGAUACAUAGCCUAUAACACGAGGAUCUUGGAGUCUUCUGACAUCCUUGGAACUUGAGUUAUUCUGCAAAACGGCGGCUGAUACAAAAUGAAGGUCGCUGCACUCUUUAUUCUCGGUUGCCUGGUUUGGGAAGGAAUGGCAAAGCCUGAAUUUCCAGAACAAGAGAAGGACCCUGAUUUCUGGAAGGAAUGGGCUCAGCGCACACUAAAAAAUGCUUUGACCCUCCAAGACCUCAACAAAAAUGUUGCUAAGAACAUCAUUCUUUUUCUUGGUGAUGGCAUGGGUGUACCCACAGUCACAGCAGCACGCAUUCUAAAGGGUCAACUGAGUGGACAGAAUGGUGAGGAAACGCAGCUAGAGAUGGACAAAUUUCCCUACGUUGCCCUCUCUAAGGUACAUCCCACGUGCUGUAAUCCCAUCAUACCAUUCCUUUGUGUUCAUAAUCCAUGCAGUCGCUCACCCCGGGCCACAGAGAACCGAUUCAAAUCAUAG